ACACACACACGCAUACACACACACAAACAAAACAAAGGUUUCAAGAGAAGAAAAAGAAAACAACAUGACAUACCUAACUCACUCUUUGCCCUUCUUCUUCUCCUGCUUGUCUAUGCUUCUAUGUUUGUCCAUUGCAGGAAGCAGACCUGCUCAUGGUCCAGCUUAUCUAAACCCCUAUGCUUUCUCUCCAGAAGCUUACGAUUUCUUUCACCCACAAUCAUCACUUCCUAACAAUAUUCCACCAAGAGACUCGCCUUCUUCGUCUUCACUUUCACCUUCACCAUCACCUUCUAAGACCUCUAAUGUAGAAGCAGAUACACAAGGAAGUAAGUUUUCAUCAGAAGAGCACACAAAUGAGAGUAUCAGAGAAGAAGGACGAGGAGAAACCGUUGGAAUAGUGUUAGGCGUUUCUUUCGCGGCUUUUAUUUUGACGGGAGCUUACUUUGUUAUCAAGAAACGACGAGCAAAUAUAACCCGCACGAUUGUAAUCCAUGCUUAAAUUAACCGAAAAAAUAAUUCAA